AUGACAUGGAACAUCUUGAGUCCUUAACGUUGAAUUGGGAAAUAAGAGGAGUGGCGAAUGCUGAAGCAGCAUUAAAAAACCUAGAGCCACACAAAGAUAUAAAGGCCAUACAAGUAUGGAACUAUCCGGGUGAGACACUUCCAGAUUGGUUUUCUUUGCUUACUAGUCUUGUUCGAUUGGAACUAAGUUUUUGUACAAAACUCAAAUAUCUGCCACCACUUCACCAAUUAUCUUCUCUUCAGGAGCUUAAACUUGAAUUUUUGUCAGCUCUAGAGUAUGUUUCUGACAGGGACCACUUAUCUUCUUCAACGAUGUCCUUCUUCCAAUCCUUAACAACACUCAAGAUUAUGGAAUGCCCUAUAUUGCAUGGAUGGUGGGGGAGAGGAGGUCAAACGCUAACGGGGCAUCAACCGCAACAACAACAACAACCGCCUUUUCCAGUCCUUUCAGAACUAGAAAUAUCCAACUGCCCGGUUCUAAAUUCUGAGCCCCUCUUUCCAAAUCUCGAAACACUGGAACUAGAUAGGACAAGCUUCAAGCCACUAGAACUGAAGAUUAUGAGUGUUGCAGCAUCUUCCUCCUCCUCUUACUCGUUAAAUCUCUCCAAAUUGAAGGUUUUAACUGUUCAUAAUUUGGAGCAUUUGGAACCUCAGCUGCUAGAUGCAUUAACAAACAGCCUCCCAUCGCUUCAGUCUUUGAGGAUUUGACCGUCUCCUGCCGAAAAUUUCUCCUGCUUGAUUGUCAUAUCAAGUCUACAAUGAGAGGUAAUCAAGUUGCGGAUAACUUAUCGGGUUCUUCGAUCAACUUGUCAUCUUCGUCAAAGUUUUGUACCUAUCACCUUUCUCAGACAAUAUUUAUUUUAGAUGAUUCGGAGGUUAUUCAGCCCCAGCCGUUGGUUGAUUUGUUGCUUGUGCAAGUGUCGGUUGUUGCUGCCAUUGCCUAUGAUGAGAUCCUAGUUUGUGCAGGAAUUUCAAGUACCAUUAGAAGUU